UACAAUAUUUUCCUUUCAGGGCAGAUGAAGAUAAGUACACAGUUAGCCAUUUUCUUCACCUGUCCUUUGAUGGCUCCAUUGUUUUAUUCCAAGCAUAUCAGCUCACUUCUGCCUGCAACCUGGAUGUCCACAAAUUUCCUUUUGAUGAGCAAAAGUGCAACAUAACUAUGGCGCCAUCAUUAUAUACAGAAAAUGAAGUGAAGUUGAAAAACAUUAAAACUUCCAAAAGCACAAAUCAAGAAAGUCACAAAUAUUAUUUAGCCGGUGGAGAAUGGAAGUUUCAGAAAGUGGAGAUCAUUGAGGAAACCCAAAUUUACAAUCUCUCGAAAUACAGUACAGUCACCUAUGAGAUUAUUAUGAAGAGGAGAUCCAUUCUUCAUGAAUUAAUUGUGAUUCUGCCGAUGUUUGUUCUCUUCUUGCUGGAUAUGGCUAUUUCUUAUGCUUUUGCCUCUCCUGCAGAAAAGAUUGCUUUCAAAGUGACCAUGAUCUUGCAGGUCUCAUUUUUGUCUGUGAUGCUUAUUGACAAGUUACCACCAACGUCAGAUUAUCCACCAGUAAUAGCAAUGUUUUUUAUCGGAAUCUUUGCAUUUAUGGUCCUUGGCAUCCUAGAGAAUGCCUGCAUGGAAUAUUUCAAGGAGCAGAAUUCAAAGUUCCCAUCCUUCAAGACCAAGAACUUUCUAAGAAAAUUCUUGCGAAAGAAAAAAAUAAAAGCAGAGGACUCUGUCACCGAUGUAGGAGAAGAGAUAGACAUGGGGAACAAACCAACAAGGGAGUUUCCCUUGGUGGAAAAUGACAACACAGACAGCCUUGUGUUUCUGAAACAGGUAACCCUGGAGCUGCAACAGAUCAAGAAGCACCUGGCUCUGGAAGAAGGCAAGGAGGUUUCUGGCCCUCCCAUACAAAAAAAAUGUGUCCAGUUGGGGAAGUGCCUUUUUUAUAUCCGCUUUAUCUUAUCCCUUGGUUUUAUAGUCUUCAUUGUGGUGCAGUGGACAAGCUGAAGUUCUUUGCAGUCUGGAAGAUAGCUUGCUAUAUUUUGAUGGCCCCAGGUCAUAGAAUGUACACAUGCAACACGAUUGGGCUAAUUCCUCCUUCAUCACAUUAUGACAAACAGCCCCCAGUCUGUGUUCGUAUCACACAUAGGCUACUGUAUUUUUUUAAAUGAGCUUUCAAGCUUCUGCUUCUCCUAUAAUUGAUAUAUGCCUUGCUAUAUGUGAUACUUAAUUGCAUUUUUACCACUUUACUGCCUGCAUCAGUAUAUGGUCCCAAUCCAGGGUGAGGGAAAGUGCUAGCCCAGCAAUGCUUUAAAAAUUGAAAUGGGUCUAAUCUGUAAAUUAAUCUGUAGAUCCCAUUCAGGAAAACCAAAGGCAUUUCAGCCUCCAUUCAGAUCUAUUCUAUGUUUCCUUUUCUUCUGGAGAAUGUUUGGCUGUGGUCCCAAGACUCCCGUCAUCCACAGUCCUCAGCCAAUAAACUUUUCUUCAAGAGUUCCUCCACCUAAAUGUUCAUAACAUGAAAAGCUACUAUGGAAAUGAAAGCCCAAGUAUCUCUGCCUCUCUCCUGGUACCUUGCCAACCAUAUUUGCAAAUUAAUGCACAUAACAAAUGAGCAGAGCUUUGAUUGCACCAUCAUGUCCGCCAUCUUGCCUUUUUUUCCCAGCCAUAUCUUGUGGAUGCCCCUGACCUGAUUUAUUUUUAAAAACUUUAGUCCUCUACUUGAUCUCAGUGGCAAGACGGGAGGAAAGUAUUAUAAAGAAAUAAAUUGUACUUGAAUCUUCUCAAUGCAAAAACGCUACAAGUGUUGCUAUCUGUAACUGAUCCUUGAGCAAAGUGUUUUGAUAGUGGAGUUGAACUACUACUUUGUCCUUCAGGCAGGGUCUGAAGAUGGCUUCCUUUCUUCCUCUGACCAUUUUUGGUGGUGCUCCCUUUUCUUUUUUCCUAUUUUGUUAGCUGCAUCUGAAUGUAAACCACAUUAUGAGGCAUAUGUGUGCAUGUGGGUAUUUAAUGCAUGAUCAAGACAGUACAUAUAUAAAAUAACUGGUCAAUAUUAUGUAGAAAUCUUUAUGUAGAAAUUAUGUCGGAUAAAAUAUUGAUACAUAUAUGAGAAAACAUAUUUAUAAGACAAACAAGUCUUGUGCAUAUUUUCCC